AUGAAGUUCUUCGGAAGAGGCAAAGCUCUGGCUACAGAAGUUGCAGUCGGUGGAUUGUCAGACUCAGAUAAUACUACAGAGAAACACAACACUCCUGGUGUCGAUGCCGAUGCUCUCGAACGCAUACCCAGUCAAAACGUCCAAGACGGUGUCAAGAAAGCCGAAGCCGUCACUCUGACCUGGACGAGAAACCAAUUGAUCAUAGCUUACGGCUGGCAAGAAUUGCACUCUAUCUUCCUAGUGUUUUUUGUCAUAUCCAUGCAGCAACAAAUCCAAUUCAACCUCAGCUACUAUGUGACUUCUUCUUUUGCCUUGCUCCCUCUCACUGGUACAACUUCUAUUGUCGCCGCUAUUGUCGGAGGUGUUAUCAAAUUGCCCACUGCUAAAUUCGUAGAUCUUAUUGGCCGUGCAGAUUCUCUUCACGUUGAGGCUAACGGCAGAAGAAUUAUGACGGGCUUCGCAACUUUGGGCCUCAUCAUGAUGGCGAGCUGCCGCAACGUGGAGACCUAUGCAGCAGCCCAGGUUUUCUAUUGGGUUGGGUUUAACGGCAUGGCUUAUGUUUUAGACGUGUUCAUGGCAGACACCUCAAGCCCGAAGAACCGUGCUUUGGUAUUCAGCUUCGCGACUACCCCAUAUAUAGUGACUACUUUUAUUGGUCCACGAGCCGCGCAAAGUUUUCUAGAAACAUCGGGCUGGCGUUUUGGCUUUGGCACAUUCGCAAUUAUAACUCCUAUCAUAACCCUCCCUAUCCUCUUCGUUCUCUACAGCAAUCAGCGAAAAGCUUUCCGAGAAGGUCUUCUUGUCAAGGAAGAGAGCGGAAGAACCUUCUGGCAGAAUGCCAAUUUCUUCUUCUGGGAAUUUGAUGUUGUUGGGCUCCUACUCAUCUCAGCCGGAUUCGUUCUCUUCCUACUACCAUUCUCACUGGCUACUUAUCAAUCGAAAGGUUGGGCUUCCGGGAUGAUUAUUGCGAUGCUCGUCGUUGGCAUUUCGUGUCUGACCGCCUUCGUGCUCUACGAGAAAUUUCUAUCGAAGAGGUCUUUCAUUCCAUUCGAUCUUCUGAAGACCCCUUCGGUGGUCGGGGCAUGCUUGUUGGCAAUGUUCCUAUUCGUUAGCUUCUACAUCUGGGACUCGACCUUCUACAAUUACUUGCAAGCAGUUCAUAACCUGUCCAUCACCAACACAGGAUAUGUCACCAACAUAUACUCGAUCGGAUCAUGUUUUUGGAGCGUCAUUCUUGCGGUGAUAAUCAGGACACUGGGGAGGUUCAAGUGGCUCGCGAUGUCGAUGUUGUGUCUCGAAAUUCUCGGCGUGGGCCUCAUGAUUCAUUUCCGUCAGCCCGAACAGGGAAUUGGCUACGUCGUCAUGUGUCAGAUUUUCAUCGCCUUUGGAGGGGGAUCUCUGAUUAUAUGUGAGGAAAUGGCAGUUAUGGCUGCGGCUCCACAUGAGAACGUUGCCAGUAUGCUAGCACUCAUUGGGCUUUUCAGCUCUGUUGGCCAAGCUAUUGGACAAGCCAUCAGUGCGGCAAUCUACACAAACACGUUUCCUUCAGCGCUAGACCGUGCAUUACCCGGUAAUGCGACGUUGAAUGCUGAUCUCUACGGAAGCCUUACAGCCCAGCUCUUGUAUCCUAUUGGCUCACCAGAGAGAAAUGCUAUUAUUUACGCAUACGGCCAGUCGCAGUGGUAUUUAACGAUCGCGGCCACGGUUGUCUUGGUCCCCUGUUUAAUUUUCAUCGGGGUCUGGAAGGAUUUCAAGGUAAAGGAACUUAGGCAGGUAAAGGGGAGAGUUGCGUAG